CCUUUUUAAGUCAGCUGAUUCUUGGUAAACAGAAACUGACAUAAUCAAUAUGAAUUUACACUCAUUUUCCUUAAGAAAUUUAAUAUUUCUCCAAUAAUUGAUUUUUAAAAAUGGUUAAACGUUAUUAUUGUGAUUAUUGUGAUAGAAGCUUUAAAGACAAUCCGGAAGCGAGAAAAAAACAUUUGACGAGUUUGUUGCACGUUAAUGCACGAACGGAGCAUUACCGAUUGUUCAAGGGACCCGAGGAGAUUUUAAAAGAAGAAAUGUCAAAAAUCACAUGCAAGAAAUUUCACCAAACUGGAGAAUGUUCAUUUGGAAAUAAUUGUAGAUUUUCUCAUUACACGCCUAAUAUGAUGUGGGAACUAAGACAAAUUGUUGCUAUGAAGAAUCACUCGGAAGGCAUAAAAAAUGAAUGGCCAAAUCCUAAUGAAAUUGUUGAGGAAUUUUUUGAAAAUACAACAAAUAAUGAUAAUGAAAUAAAAAGUAUAGAGGAACCAUGGAAAUUACCUAUAGAAUUACAAAACAUUCCUAAUUUACCACCUUCUCUAUGGCCAUUAAAUUCACAAACAAUAAAUGAUCCAAUUUUAACACAAUGGACGUAAAACAUUAAUAUUAUGUAAAAAGUAUAAAUAAAUUACUAAUUUUCACACCAAAAAAAAGUAAUUACUAGAAACCUAAAAAAAAAGUGAUUCAAAUAAACGUUAAAAAAAACAAAAUUUGGCGGCAUAUUUAAAUUAAAGUUUUGUUUUUCUAAGAGCCAUCUAUAUAGAACAAGUUCGGCUGGUUUCGCAGCUGAUCGGUAAGAAUCGAGAACAUCUGCCCUGCUCCCCUCACUUUCUGUUAUAGCAAACUGAAUGCGGACACACACGUAAAACUUGUACUAUAGCGCGCGCCCCGUUGCCACGGCAUCGUGUGUUCAACGCGAUUCGAUUCUUUUAUAUACAUAUAUAUAUGACGGAAAUCUGUUCCGUCAUUUUUUUUUUGAAAAAAAAAAUUAUCAAAAAAUUUCUCCUUUAUAUUUGAUAAGGACGAAUUUGCGCGCGCAAAAUCGUAAACAUGAGUUUUCCCGCCUUUUCAUGGGGUUUCUUUCGAAAAGUUUUGUGUGCUAUUUAGAAUUCAAUAUACAACAAGAGUGCCUCAUUCGAUGGGAAUAUAGUUUUUCUUCAUCUCAGGACGCCGGGUUUUGAUAUCCUGAUAUUGGAUUUCAAUACAUCACAUUCAAAACUUAUAUACGA